AUGGUGUUCUCCGUGGGGGUGAUCCACGGGGGGGGGCUCCGUCUACCCCCCAGCGGCCUCCGUGUGGGGUGGGCGAGCAAGGAGAAGGAGAAACCCAUGGAGGCGCGGGUGAAGGUGGAGGACGACCAGAAGGAGGAGGAGGAGACGGCGCGGGGCGAAGACCGGGAGAGCGGAAUCGGGGACGGACGGGGACAACCCCCCGACGUCGGGAACGAGGAUGAGCGGAGGGGAAACGAAUCCCGGAGGGACCCCAAAUCCCACCGGAAGCCCCACAAGUGCGAGGAGUGCGGUCGCCUCUUCAACUGGAGGAACCACCUCACCCGCCACCGCCGCCUCCACACGGGCGAGAGGCCCUACAAGUGCUCCGUCUGCGGGAAGGGCUUCAACGACGGUUCCCCCCUCCUCAUCCACGAGAUGCUCCACCGCGGGGAGAAGCCCUACAAGUGUUUGGACUGCGGGAAGAGCUUCAGCCAAAGUUCUCACCUCAUCUCCCACCAGGUGGUCCACACCGACGAGAAACCCUACGUCUGCCCCGACUGCGGGAAGAGCUUCGCCCGACAGCAGUAUCUCCUCAUGCAUCGACGGGUCCACACGGGAGAGAGACCUUACGAGUGUCGGGAUUGCGGGAAGAGUUUCCGGAAGAGUUCCGACCUGGUCAGGCACAAGACGGUCCAUACGGGUGAGAAACCCUUCAAAUGUCCCGUCUGUGGCAAAGGUUUCACCCAAAACUUCCGCUGUAACGCCCAUAAGAAGGUCCACGGCACGGAGAAAUCCCACCUCUGCUCCGAGUGCGGGAAGAGCUUCACCCGGAGGUUCAACCUCCGCCUCCACCAGAAGCUCCACAGCGGGGAGAGACCCUCCGGCUGCCCCGAAUGCGGUUUGAGGUUCACCAACACUUCCCACCUCAUCGUCCACCGCCGGAUCCACACCGGGGAGAGGCCCUACCGCUGCCACGCCUGCGGGAAGGGCUUCACCAUGAGCUCCAAGUGUCUGGAACACGAGAGGACCCACACGGGAGAAGCUCCAUACCGUUGCACCCGUUGCGGCAACUGCUACCGCACCAAAGUCUCCUGGUUGACCCACCUGAAGGUCCACCUGGAUUAA